UUGACAAUAAUCCCYUAUUAAGUCUGUGAUUCACUAAAACGACUUAAAACCAAAACCACGCCUAUUUUUCCAGCCACGACAAGAGAUUUGAGUUCCUAGUUGCGAAAUUUCUUGGCGAUUGAAUUCCAAUGAUGAGGAUUUUCUUUGCAUUGGUGUUUGUGACCUCAGUUGUCAUUCCUGUAGUGAUGUCCAUCAAGUGUUACCAGUGUACCAAAACAGAUGGCAAUUGCAAUGACAACAACAAGGAAUGUGGUACAUCUAUAUUGAAUUACGAUCGCUGCUKAAAACUCAAAGUGGGCRAUGUAUUCACAAAGMAAUGUUCCACCAAACUACUCUGUGACGCCAUGAAGUUUUGUGACGGAAAAAACGAAUGUACAGCAUCUUGCUGCGACUCUGAUGGGUGUAACGCCAGYUCCGCCUUGGCGCCCACGUUCGUCCUGGUCUGUGUUGCUGCUAUGGUGACCAAGUAUUUCAUGUAAAGACAGGAUACUUUCACGCUUUUUAACAUUUUUUUUACGCACAUUAUUUACACCGUAAUUAGGUAGUUAGUGAUGAAGAAAUAAGGGUCUUAAGAUUUAAUA